AUGGGAGCAGUGCCCGUGAUGCACAUGGCAGCUGCCGAGGAGUUUUCCGUGGAUUUGGAUGACGAUGAUGUCCUUACUGGACGUCCAGUUAAACGUCGAAAGACGGCUAUUUCGCAACCCCAACGAACUCUUCCCUCAGAGCACUUCCUUAAUACUCGCAUUCCCCUGUCUGGUGAUUAUGUUCCCAUUACAUUCUCCGAUGGUCGUCGUCGAUACCUUUGCAUUAAAUCUGAAGAGGAUGAAAUUUCUAAAUCAGAUCUUUCAUUAUCACGUUUAAGAAAACACGAAACCUUGCUACCUGACGACCUUUGCAAAUUGGUUCAGAACGCGGAGCGUCUGAACAGUUUUCGGCGUACCGUUGCAGCACUUGAAUCUGCCCCAGAAUGUCCUGUUGAUGGUCAACUCUGGGUGAAAAAAUACGAACCGACCAGCUACUUUGAUUUAAUAUCUGCAGAGCAUAUAAAUCGGCAGCUCUUGUGCUGGCUGAAGGCUUGGGAUCUUAGUGUUUUUGGCGUUGAGUCCAAAGCAGCAGCGGCUGCACCUGUGUGGUCAUCACAGUCGAGUAAUGUCGGAUCAAGUGAUCACCAACAACAGUCUUUCCAAAGACAGGAAGCCGAGGUGACCAUCGCUCAGUUGGAUCAUAAGGAUAACCUCAGGCCUCGCUACCGAGUCGUACUGCUUUCUGGUCCACCGGGCUUGGGGAAAACCACUCUGGCUCAUCUUCUUGCCCGCCAUACUGGAUAUCAGAUAGUCGAAAUAAACGCUAGCGACGAUCGUAAUCCGAUCGCGAUGCAGGAGCUCCUCGAGGCUGUGGUGUCGAGUCAAGCCAGUCUAAACGCCUCUGGUGGUAGCGAGGUGUUCAAACCCUCAUGCUUGAUAAUUGAUGAGGUCGACGGUGCGUUGCCUGCCUCCGUGGAGAUUCUGGCGGAAGCGGCUGCAACCCCUCUAGUUCAGGAGCGAAGGCGGGGCAAGAAGAAACCAAUUGUGUUACGACGUCCCGUUAUCUGCAUCUGCAAUGACCUGUAUGCACCAUCCCUUCGGUCUUUGCGGGCACCCGGGGCCUCAUGCUACAUUCUACGCCUUCCCCCCAUCGACCCCAACCGUCUAGUUGAUCGUCUUGACUUAAUCGCAAAGGCGGAAGACCUUACUGUGGACAAACGCUUUCUCUCAGCCCUCGUUGAAAACAGUGGACGCGAUAUUCGUUCGUGUCUUAACGUCCUUCAGUUUUUGAAGGCGACUCAAGUGCAACAGAAGGGCAUACCUGCGAUACAGGAACUGAUGACUGGUCUGGAAGGCUCGAUAAAGGACACGCAGCACAACCUCUUCUCAGCCUGGCAGGCUGUGUUCACUAUACCUCCUGCCCACGUCCUCACUCGUCGAGUGAACCAAAACUGCAGAAUGCGCACCAACCGCAAGGCCUCUACACCUGGCUCCGACAGUGUUCUUCAGACCAGGAUCCAAAUAACAAUGGAGAUUUGUGACUCAACAGGUGAAAUUCCGACUGUGGUCCUGGGAUUAUUUGAAAACUACCUUGACCGUAAGAUGAAAGAUGCAAACUUGAAGAAGGCUUGUAGCGCGUCGGAAUGGUUAGUGUACUCGGACCAAUUGAUGCAGCACGUGCAGAGUGCACAGGACUAUGCGCUGAUGCGCUACGCGGCCCUGAUCCCAGCGUGGUUCCACCUCGCUUUCGCCAGUACCGCACCCUUGUCAAUGGAGACGCGGUGGGCGGGGCAGUCGGAGACCACCGCUGCCCUUCGAUGGCCUUCCGCCCUCAGCGAGAACGCUGCCACUGCAGGCAGAACCCUCACCAUCCUUGACACUCUCGUAGAGAACCAAUGGCGCGCUGGUGGCUCUUCCUCCGCCCUCACUUCUCUUCGAUUCCUAACGCACCGCCAAUUUCUUCUGGACGCUGCGUGUUACUUGAACAAACUUGUGUCCACUAUGUCGCUGACGCUGCGUCCCGUCAACACCCAGCUCUACAAUGCCCCCGAAAAGCAGCAUUUAGCACGUCUGGUCCACCUUAUGAUUGCUAUUGGUCUGGAUUGGGUUCCUCAGCAGGCCACUGACACAGGCGAGCCGGCAUAUCGUCUUCAGCCGCCGUUGGAUGCCGUGGCUCAAUUCCCCUCUACCUUGAGGUCACUUGACUUGAGUGGCCUGCCCUACAGCACAAAGCAGAUGCUGGCACGUGAGGUGGCCAGGGAGCGAAUGCGUCGAGCCGAGGCCGCAAACGCACCCCCUGAGUUGGUGGGGCGUGAGGCCGACGCUAAUACUUCGAUGCUACCGGCUACUAUUAAUACUGCCAGGAAGGGGAAACCUAUCCCCGUCUUCGAUUCUUUCAUGUCUGCCCGACUCGCACCUACGGCAGCUCCCUUGAACAUCACUGCUGAAAAGAAGGCUAGAAGAGACUUUUUUGGCCGUCAAAUUAUGGAAACGUCGGAGAAGGUUGAGUCAAAAGAAAAUCAGCCACCUGCCGCCAACUGCCCUAUCAACAAAACAAUCUUCUUCAAAUUUAAGGCAGGCUAUUCAAAUGCUGUCCGUCGACCGUUCUCCAUAAACAACUUUAUCACAAAGUGA